GACACUCCGUUGUCCGAGCCAGUCCGAGCCUCCUUUACACCGAUUUCUCGCAAACGUUGUAAAAUUUAUAUCUUCUACUCCGAUGGAUUAUGCUGGAAUAUCAAUCAGGAAGUGUCAUCUCAUUUUAAUACAACAUCUACCUGAAAAAAUAAAAAGGAAACCCAACGUCUGAUGGUAUCAGGAAUGAUUUACGAUAUUUCCGAAGAUGCUAAUAUACUUAAAUCACUAUCUAUUUACUGGGAAAUUCGAGAAGACGGGGGAGAGAGAGAGAGAGAGAGAGAGAGAGAGAAAGAAAGAAAGAGAGAGAGAGAGAGAAGUGACACGACGGCUGGCGACGGCGCGCCUCGUUAUGGACGCUGCUGCGUUAUGCGGCAUAACGCGGUGGGGAUGAAGCCCCGAAAUAUCGUUCCGAGGCGGAAAACUUGAGAUGAGUCGUCAUCACCGGCAAGAUAUGACAGAAAGAGAUGUUAAGUAUGUAGUGAUACCUCUUCACCAUCGGCCUGACUUAAUGAAAGACUGUUGUAAGUUGCUUAAUUCUGAAUGGCCUCGAAGCGAGACUGCACGAAUGAAAUCUCUAAGUGUGUCCUGUGACAAUUUUCCCACGUGUCUAGUUCUAAUUAAUAAUCAAGACAAAGUUCUCGGUCACUGCAAAGUAUCUAUGGUAGCCAGAUCGAAAGUCAGCUGCUUCAUAGAAUCUGUUGUAAUCAACUAUCAGUGUAGAUCUCAAGGAUUAGGAUCUAGACUGUUGCGCGGCGUGGAGGAGUACGUCACAAAAAGGGGACUGAAGAACAUCUAUCUGAAAACAGAUGGUCAGGAAGUGUUUUACUAUAAGAAUGGUUACAAGGUGUGUGAUCCAUUUAAAGCAUACGGCAUUAACGACAUCAUAACUGCCAGUCCGCCCCUCGGUAGGACGAGAUUCAAAGAACGAAAUGGCGAUCACUCCGCCGGACAACCACUACCGCCACCUCCACCUCCAAUGCCAGCGUUUCAACUGUCAAAGUUUUUCGACAUGCGAAUGCUGUCCCAAAAGACGCACAUGGUAAAAAAAUUGUGAUACUAGUAUUAUAUCGAAAUUUCAGAGCGCAUCUUCCACUAGCGAACAAGGCCAGCGAGAGCUUUAUAUCAAUAGAAAUUAAAUGCUUAAAAAAAAACAAAUACGAUUGUCAAGCAGAACAAAAUGGGAUAAACGAUUUAGCACGUUGCCAUUUAAAGAAGAACUUUUGUUUAGGAAAUCAUUAAUACAUAUCGCUUAUAUAAACGAUUACAUAAAUUUUUCAAAACAUUAAUUCACUUGUGAAUAACGUGCAUUUGACUUCCCAAUUCGGUCGAGCGACGCGAACGAAACACUGGAUAUUACAAAUUCUGUUCUUAAUAUAAGUUACAAUGUAGAGUGCUGCAAGUUAAUUUUCUAACAUAAUAUAUAACUACAUAAUAUAUUUUUAUAAAUCUUAUAUAUGAAAUGUCAGCAGGUUCAUUCUUAGUUUUUUAAUGCAAUUUUUCUUGUCAGACUGCUUCUAUUCCAAAUAUUUCUUCGUCCGUUAUAUUCCAGCGACAAAUCAUCAUGUGCUUAAUACCCUUGUUUUUUUUCAUCCAAACUUGUGCAAUUGCUUGGCAAAUGCGUAAAUUGUGAGAAUGAAUUUAUCAAAAAACGUGAUAACAAUUUACACAAAUAUACAUAUUUAUUUUUCCACUAGAAAAAAUACAUGCAUUUAUUAUUCAUGUAUCCUAACAUUUCUUCUCGCAUCAUGACGUGUCUGCGAUGCUAAUUUUCUUUCGAUAAUAAUGGGGAUUCUCAAGACAUUUGAUGAGAAAUUCAUCCAAGCUAUAUUUGGAGAUUAGUGGUUGUCCAGGUGAAAACUCCAUUACGAUAGUAUAUUUGCAUUUUGAAGUCUCUGAAGAAAAAAAUAAAAUCUAAAUUUUUUUUCUUAAAAAUAUACUUUGUCAUCUCUUCAUUAUCUUCAUUAAGCGUACCUGCGAUAAACGGUAGAAAUAUUGCCACUCACUUUAAGCCACUCGAUUUGAUUGCCUCAAACAUGUGGAAAUGAUCUCUGUGCACAUCAAAUCCAAUAGGCACUGCUUCAAGCCCGAAAAACAGUACCUUUAAAAAUUUAGACAGUAAUAGACAUUAGUGCAGAAAAGUAUGUGAUAAAAUUGAAUAUUUAGGUGCAUGUUUGCAUCAAUUAAUCCUUAGAAGUAUAAAAAGGUAGAAAGUAUGUUAAAUCGAAUUUAAAAUUAAGCCUACAUUAUUGUAGUGCAAAUAAGCGUUAGAAGAACACAAAAAACUCGAGAAUAUGUCAAAUAAAUAUCUUUCAGCAAUUUUACAAUAUUGAGCGCAAUAUAAUAGAUUUCUAUUAUGAUUAUUAAUGAUUUUGGCACAUAUCUUAGUACCAGUUCUCUUAAUAUUACAUCUUACCUGAUAGGCAUACAGAGACCAGCACAACAUUAUGUAUUUUCAUGGCAUCUAUUAUAUUUUGCAUAUCUUAAGAUAAUACGGUAGUAUCGUCUUGAAGUAGCAUAAAAUGAAUAAGUGCAAUAUAUUAUUAUACAACGACUAUAAAAGAUGUACAUGUAUAUAUUAGAAUGUAAAUAUUAAAAAAUAUACGCGUUGCUUACCCAAA